AUGUUCCUGAGGGUCUUCCAGAGUCCAGACCUGGAGGACUUCAGUGAGGUCCCAGUGAGUCCCGAGGCUUUGGAACUUUGUCAGGAGCCCGGAAAGACCGACUGCCACUAUGGAGGGGGCGGGGCAGAUCACAUGACCCACGCCGGACAGGAGCAGCAUCUGAGGCACGAACAGGAGACGGAUCCAAAAGUCCAAGAAAAAUCCCAAAUCUACGAAACCAAACUCCAGAAGAUCCGAGCUAUGAGGGGCCCAGGGGAGAGCAAAAGAGCUCGAAACACUAAAGCAGAGGAGGUGGAGCAGAUCACGGCUCUGUUCCAGAUGAAGCACAUGGAGCUGCUGGAUGCAGCGGCGUCUGUGCAGAGACUGACCAAUCAGCUGCAGCUGCUCCGGAGAAUGCGAUUUGACGGACAGCUGAAGUCCCGCCUCCAACGAGAGCUACAGAUCCGGACUCUGAACCGUCAGAGGGACUCAGUGCUGACGGAGCAGAGACUGAACCAACUCAGACAGAAGCUCUGGAGCAAGAAGAACAGUCAGAGACACAAGGAGAACCAGGGAGCUCGUGUGGCUGCAGUCGGGCACUACCUCCAGGCUCUAGAGUCCGGACUGAGGCUUCCACCAAGACCAGCUAAACCCGGCCCAGUCAGUGAAGCUCCACAUCCGCUGCCUGCACGGGCCAAUCACAGCGAGCCGAACCUGAAUGAAGCCCCGCCCCCUGUGCCUCUGCGGACCAAUCACGUCCCAGAUCUCCAGCACUGGGACAGACAGUGGGACGCCAACAUGGCCGCCGCGCCUCCUCCUCUGCCUCGAAAGUCCAUUGACACCUCAGAGUUCAGGUCGAGUAUGCUGCCUCUGCCCAAACACCGAGCCCCGCCUUCUGCCGCUGUACGACCUCUGACCCCCGACACCGCCCAGGCCCCACCCCCAGAACAGGCCACGCCCCCUCCGGUCAUCACCACGGCGUCCAUCCUCUCCCUGUACACGUCUGGAGCAAGGGGCAAGUACGAGCUGGGACAAGGCACUCUGCCCCGGAGCAGAGCCAGAGAACACAGAAUAGUCAGACCCACCGGAUCUGCGUCAGAUGCGGAGUUCUGUUCCCACGGUGACCCUGAGCCUGUCUCCACGGUGACAGGGGAGGAGUCAUGUCAGCCACGCCCCCUAAGCCCCACAAAGCUCCUCCCUUUCCUGUCGUGCGGGCUGAGGGCGGGGCUUCUGCACGCGCCACGCCCCCUGAAGAAACGCUCGUCUCUAUGCGAACAGGACGGCGCCCCCCAUCUGCUGCGGCUGCGGUACCAGGGGAGCACCCAGGGGAGCACCCAGGGGAGCACCCAGGGGAGCACACAGGGGAGCACCCAAGAGAGGACUCUGGAGGGGUCUGGAAGAACGUUUGUGGAGAAGACAGCAAAGGACAAAGAGUAUUUUGAAUCAGAAAGUCCCGAUGAGGCCUUGACUCCACCCCCUCUGCCUCCACGAAUCCCCAUCGGUGACUCCGCCCUCAGAUAUUUGCAGGCCCCGCCCCCUCCCCCGGGUGAGUCUGGACAGGCCACGUGGGACCGAACUGAGACUGGUCUGCGGUCACCAUGGCAACCGCCAGAAGUCCUGAGGUCUAUCCUCCGAGUUCCUGGUUCCGACAGGACCAGAGGAGAUCUUCGAGUCCGGUUCAAUCCGCUCUCUCUGCUGCUGGACUCGGCUCUGGAGGGAGAGUUUGACCUGGUCCAGAGAGUCAUCUAUGAGGUCCCAGACCCGAGUGCAGCGAAUGACGAGGGCAUCACCGCACUGCACAACGCCGUCUGCGCCGGACACUCCGACAUCGUCCGCUUCCUCGUCCAGUUUGGGGUCAACGUGAACGCAGCAGACAGCGACGGAUGGACGCCGCUGCACUGCGCCGCCUCCUGUAAUAACACUCCGGUCUGUAAACUCCUGGUGGAGUCUGGAGCUGCCGUCUUCGCCUGGACUCAGAGCGACUCUCAAACUGCAGCUGAAAAGUGUGAGGAGCAGGAGGACGGCUACGCUCAGUGCUCACAGCUCCUCUACGGCGUGCAGGAGAAGAUGGGUGUGAUGAACCGUGGUCAGGUCUUCGCUCUUUGGGACUUUGAGGCAGAAGAACCCGACGAGCUGCAGCUGAGAGAGGGCGACUGUGUUACUGUCCUGAGGAGAGACCGGGACCAGGACCAGAGCAGUGACGCCCUCUGGUGGUGGGUCCAAGGAGCACACGGAGAGGGCUACGUCCCCAGAAACCUGCUCGGGAUCUACCCGAGGAUCAAACCGCGGCAGAGAAGUCUGGCGUAA